AUGGCACAAAUAUUGCAAACAUUUUACAAAAAUGUUCAAGAAAUAUGUUUGAAAGACAACGAACAAGAGUUUAUUAGAUAUUUGACAACACGUGGUAUUUCACUCUUGAAACAAUUAUUAGAAUUAGACCUCAAAAAAUGGUACAGUCCAGUACAAGGACGGGAUUUUGGUCAUUUUCUUCUCAAAAUUAUACCAUUAUGUUAUCCUCACAUAUCCGUUCAGGAUGCUGAAAAAGCACAUCACAACUUACCACCAAUUUCCACAACGUUGGACUUCUAUUCGACAGAAAAAUGUGAUGAAAAGUACUUUCCGUUUUAUCAAGACAAUGAUAAUAAUGAAACAUCGUUGAACCUUGUUACAGGAUCGGUAUUGAAUGUCGUUGAAUGUAUAUUCUAUUUAAUAAUUAAAAUGUAUUCUGAACCAACCGUAGACUCAUCCGAUAGUAGUACACACGUUGAAAUAAUUCAGAUAUUAUCAACGGUGUUGGCAAAUGAAACAUGGUCAGAAAAUGUCCAAAUAUCACCAGUUCUACUUUGGUUUUAUCAAAUGAGAAUUCGAGCAUUAUUAUCAGUCAUUCGAAAAACAUUUAAAUUAUUUCCAUCCGUUUUUAUCUCACAAGUAAAACCAUUGCCAAUAUCCAUAAUUAUAAACGAUCUUAGCAAACGAUUAAUAUCGUCAUCUUUGGCAAUGUCUCAUUCAUCAGUUCAUUUAACCUUUGACAUAUUGCAAGGUUUUCUGAUUUUGAUUGAUGAUAUUCUGUCCCAUAUAUUUGACAAAAAAAUGAAAAAAAUGAGUAAAAAAGAGACAAAAUAUUCGUGUGUACGUGAAAUGUUAUCAUUGAUUAGUGAAUUAAUUACAAGUGAUUAUUUUUUAUUAUUUGAUUCUGUUCAAAAACAAUGUGAAACUCGUUCUAAACAAAUUCUUGAAUAUUUACAUCAAAUAUUAAAACGAUUAAAAUGGUGUCGAAUGUAUGUCUAUGAUAAGCAGCGUUGUAAGAAUAGAAAUAUAAAAUUGAAAACAGAUAAACAGUGUAAAUAUAUUCAUCUACAUCAGAGUCAAUUUGAAAUAAUCAUAACAAUAGCAACAAAUAAUGGAACAACAACAACAAAACGAAUUUGUAUAAUAUCAGCACUCUAUGAUAAAUUGCUGAGAUUAAUAGUUAAACAAUUUAAACAAAAACAACCAUCAAUUGCAUACAUACAGGAUUGUUUGAACAUCUUAUUGUCCUGUGGUUCGUGUUCAUGCUAUUCUUUAUCUCAUUAUCGUUCAUUAUUAUCCAAUGUAAAUCAUUUUAUAGAUUAUUCAUGCCUUCAACGUCAAACCAUUUCUCUUUUACGUAAUGCUUUUUUAUUAAUUCGUACAUGCAACGUCUCAUCGUCUUUAUCAUUAUCAAUGUCUUUUCAAACCAAUAAGCAGUCAUUUGAAAAUAUUUACACGAACAAUACAUUUUGGACUUAUGUUUCAUCUCAUUUAUUACAACAAGAUUCAUCGACACAAUUUUCAUUAGAAUUUUCUCAUUGGUUGUAUGAUCUAGUUCAAUGUUGUUCAGAAACGGAAAAACAAACAAUUUUAUUUGUUUGUGUACUACCAACAUUAGAUCAUUAUCGAUUAGUUUAUUCAACAACACAUGCUAAUGAAAAUACGGAAAUUAUUGUUCAAAAUAUUCUUUUAACGUUACCUACCCUGAUAGAUUGUAUUUCAGAUGUAUUAGAUCCAUUGCAUAUCUUACAAUCAUCUUCAAAUUCUAUUUCAAAUGUCCCAUCUCCUAUAAGCAAUAGUCCAUCAUCGAUUAACUCUGUAUCUCCAUCAAGCAAUUGUUCAAGUUUACCACCUUCAAUAAAUAUUAAACAAUCAACAAUUUCUACUAAUUCGUCAUUAUUAGAUAUUUUGAUAUCAUUAUCAACAUUGAAUGCCUCAAGUUCAUUACUUUCUUAUACACUACCUGUUAUUGGUUACAUUCUCAAUCUUACAUCAUCAACAAUCGAAUAUUUAGGACCAUUAAUUGAUCUGGUAUUGAGAUGUACUUUAAGACUAUGUUGUAAUGAUUUAUCAUCUCAAGAACAAAAUAUAUUUCAAAUUAUUCUUAUUCUUCUUAUCAAAUGUCCAUCAUUUCGUCACGCCUAUUUUGACCAUGUCUGUUACACUAAAGUUCAUGAAUAUUUUUUAAGAAUUAUUCAAGGUGAACAUUCUCUUGAUCAUACUUUCUCAACGUUAUUAGCACUUGUUCUUGUAUCAUCAUCUUAUUCACAACAACCAGAUUUCACAUAUGAGAUGAUUAUCGAUUAUCUCUACAAAAUAAGACAGCAACAUGAUAUUCGACUUUGGAUAUGGCUAGAAUUUUUAUUACGUCUUACGUUAUCACAACGUUAUACUUAUAUUCAAACAUGGAAAACACCAAGAACAACUAAAAUUUUCACACAAUUUGAACAAAAACAAGACGAUAGUAAUGGAAGUGAUGGAGAUGAUGAUGUAGAAGAAGAUGAAGAGACUGAUGAAAUAUAUAAUGGAGACAUUGACUCGUUAAGUGAUGAACAAUCAAAAAUAGCUGGCAGACAAAAAAAAUAUAUAUACUCAAAUUUAAUCGUAUUUCCAGAAUUGUUAAUGAUUUGUUUAAAAUUAGCUUGGGAAAAUAUGGAAUAUGAAUGGAAUGAAAUAGAUGAACGACAGCAACGAAAUGGAAACAUAUCAAAGGCUGAGAAUUAUUCUCCAUUAGUUCUACAAUUAUCUCGACUAUCAUCAUCAACGACUAUGUUAAGCUCAGUGACUAUACUUAUUAAUUAUUUAGAAAAACUUAGUUAUUUAACAAAAACAACCAAAUACAACCAAAUAUUAUUGAAAAAAUUGCAUUUUGACGAAUAUUUAUUUCAUAUAUUAUUAACCGUUGGUCGUCGUCAUACAUUUCAAUCGAAAGAUUUAUUAAUUCAAUUGAUUAUUACCAUUUUACAGAAUAUCUGGUCAAAUUCUAUCAAUGUCAAUCAAUUAGAACAAUGUUUUAAGUUAUUUCUGACGCAUCGUUCUCUCAUACAACCAAUAUUAAAGUUAUUCAAAUAUUUAAUUACCUAUGCAGAUCCGAAUCAACCACGAGCAUAUAGUCCUCAACCACUGACAUCAGGCAUAGGUAUUGCUUCUGGUAGUGCAUUUUGUUUGACAGUCAAUACUUUAACCGCAUUACUCACUGAACCACAUCAAUCAACAAACGUUGUUCUAAAUUCUCGGGAAUCGGCUAUGAUAACUGAACCAUUAAAAUCAACACAAAUUCAAUUUCCAUUAACACUUAGUUUAUGGUUAAAAGUCAAUUUUCCAUUCAUACAACAAUUUAAUCAACAACAACAGAAACAUAAUGGUCAUGAAAAUCAACACGAUCAGUUUGAUAAUUCAUUAAAACAACCAACUUCUCAGAAUCAAAAUAUCGAUGGUGUUACAGAAAAGAACAAUGAUCAGUUGCUUUUACAUGUUUUAACUUUACAUAAUGAACAGUAUCAAUUUCAAUUUUGGUUAGAUUCAAUACCAAGUAUUCGUUUAUACAUAGUACGACAGCAAGAACAAAAUAAAAAACAAACGACUUCAAUCGGUAGUGCUAGUGUAUCAUCGAAUUAUAUUCGUUUAUGCUGUUUACCAUCAUCAUCCUGGUGUCAUAUGCUAUUUAUAUUGUCUCUAUCUGAUUCUUCAUCUAAAAAAUGUAAUAUUCGCGUAUAUUUAAAUGGACUAUCUCAAUCCUGUUAUGAUUGUUCGGCAUCUAUAAUUCGUUCUUCAUCUUUUUCAUCAACAAAAUCAAAUUGGUUAUUAUCGAUUGGUCAACGUUCACUCGAUCAGUAUACAUCCUAUUAUUAUGAUUUAGGAACUUUGUUAUUAUUCGAUAAAGAACUAUUUAAUAAUGAAUAUAUUCCAUCAUUUCUCUAUAGUCUUGGUUCGGAUCAAUGGCAUUUUUUAGAUACUCAACAAACUACAACGUCAACAACAGGAGAUUAUUGGGUUUAUCGUCGAUUUUCAUUGUUACAUUUAAACAUUCCAAUUGAUAAAUUUGAUCAAGAACAAAGUUAUUGGCGUUCGAUCCUUAAACGUUCAUUAUUUGCUUCAUACACACCAAGUUAUCCAUGGACAUUAUUCACAUUCAGUUUUAGUGACUCAAAUGACGGUGUUAAUUCCACUUCAGUAUCAAAUGUUCCACAAAGUAUUCUCUCUAAAGUAUUUUCUCGUUCAAGUACUCUUCCAUCACCAACAUCAUCGACAAUUUCUUCUCAACCAUCCACAUCAUCUACUUCUGUUAGUAAUCCUGAUCUAAGUUCGUAUGCUCAUACAAUAUCAUUACCAUCAAAAAUAAUUGUUGAAUAUUCAACAACACUUUUAAAUGUUUGUGAACGUAUUGGUGGUGUUUUAAAUUUUGUCUAUUUAUAUGCAAAAAUAAUUGAAUUAACUCUUUAUGAACAAACAGAUUUUUAUCUUUUACAUGUAACAGACAUAUUAUUUACGUGUAUAUGGAAAAUGAAAACAUAUUAUGAUUUAUUUCAUUCACUUAACGGAUAUAAUCUUAUUGUUAAAGUUUUAUCAUCACAACAAACGUGUACAAAAAUAACGGCAAAAUUUUAUAAAAUAUUACUUGAACAUAGUUUAAAUAAAAUUAAAUAUUCAUCAUCAAUAAUGAAUGGACAUAUUUAUGAUAUUCAUUUGUUUAUGAAAAUACUAUUGGAAUGGAAAAUAUGGAAACAAUCACCACAUCUCUAUCAUAAAAUAUUAGAAACAUGUGAAUUAUUAUUAAAUGAUCAACAUUGUCCAUAUUAUUUAUCAAAUAGACAAUUAUUUAAAAAACAUUUUGCACUCGAACAUUUAUUAAUUCUUUGUCAAGAAAUAAUUGAAGAUACAAAUAAUAGUCAUCAAAAAAUUAGUGGUUUAAUAUUGACUGAUCAUAUGGCAUCAAUUAUUGUGAAUAUAAUUGAAUAUUUAUUAGAAUUUGAUCUCAAUUAUAUUGCAGCCAUAAUGAAUUUUGUUUUAUUAAUACAUCCUCUCGUUAAAACAUAUGUGACCUAUAAUAAAGAAUAUUUCUACUUUGUGCAACAUUAUCCAAAACAGAAACAACAACCACACAAAACAUUAAUCGGAAGUGAGGUAACAAUGUCUAGAAGAAAUAGUGCUGGUGACAUACAGGCAGCUUCAACUAAUGAUACUAACAUAAUUGAUACUAAUGCCGUUCGUCAUCGAUGUGCAACGAUUGUUGUUCAUUCAACAUCAACUAAUGAUAUAUCUGACGUUCAUCAACACCCAAGAAAAGAUUCUAUUAUUCGUCCAUCAAUUAUUGAAAAAGAUUCUAAAAAUCUUCACAAUCAAUCAUUAACAUUGAAUGUUAGUCCAGUUCGAAAAUUUCGUUCAUUUUCUGAUUUAUUCAGUUCAUCUCUCGAAGUAGAACAAUAUCAAAAACGUCAACAUCGUUCAACAAUAGUGACUGCUCCUGCAUUUUCUCAAAUAACAUCACCAAAUAUGCCGGAUAAAAAGAGACCGAGUAGUCAUCAAAUUGAUUGUGUUACUCACAGUGUUGGAUUACUAUCAACUGGACUUUUAAAACUAUUAACAACAAUUGUUGUAACAGUUCCUGAUCGUUUAAUGGCUAAAUUAAUUGAUAAUGUAUUUCGUACCAAUGUUUUAAUCGUUCUUGUACUAGAUUCAAAUGUUUUGAAACGAAUACAAUGUUUAAAAUUAUUAGAUGCAUAUUUGAAACGAUUACAGUCAAAUAAAAUACGAGAAGAUUUAAUUGAAUCUGAUCUUAUCUAUAUGAUGGCCAAUCAAUUAUAUCAAUAUGAAAUGAAUGAUGAUCAAACAGCAACAGAUCAACAACAUUUAGUUGAAACAUGUCUGACCAUUGUCUUUCAACGACCAAUCAUAUUGAAUCUAUCACAAAACAUAGUCGAUCAAAUAUCUGAUCAUGAUGAUUUCUUUUCAUUUUUAUCAACGUCAUCAUCUAAACCUUCUAUAUGUCCGAUAAGUCAAAUUGGCCUGGCAUUACUACUAUCGUUAAUUGAAAAAUUAACAUUAUCUGAAUCGGGUAUAUAUAUAUGUCAAAUCGUAUUAUAUUUAUUAAAUCAAAUAAUUGAACGAUCUAAUGAAUUUUAUCGUCAAUAUUUAAUUGAUAUUGGUCUCUGUGAAGUUCUAUUUAAUACACUAUGUUCAUGUAUACAACAAAUAAAAGAGAAUAAACAUGAUAUGUUUGAGUCAUAUGAAAAUAUUAUCACAAGUAUUCAAAUAUGUUUUAAUACAUUGGUAGCCUGUCUUUAUGCAACUGUUAAUAAAACAUCAGUAACAUUUAUGAAUAUAUUGCACAAAUUAAUGAAAAUGAUUCAAGAACAAUUCAAUACUCGUCAAGAUAUUGGUCAUCCAAAUGAUUGGUCUAUAGACCGUUUUGAUUUAAUUGUAUUACAUCAGACAUUGUUUAGUAUCUUAAGCACAAUAAUUGAUUUAACAGAAAUGAUGUGCCAAUUAACUAAAACUCAUUCAUCACAUCAUCAUUUUCGUACAAUGUCAUAUCAUUCCACAGCGCCGUCCACACGUCGUUCAUCAACAGCAUCAGUAGAAGUCAAUUUUUUAAAUAGUUCGUUCAAUCAACAUUCAAGAAGUUCUUUGUCCGAUAUUCAAAUAAAACCAUUUGAUUUUAUAAAAAAUAGUACCAAUAAUCUUGUUCCACUUCGUGUAUUAAAUAAUUACCAUGAUGAAUCAAUGUUUAGCAGUGAUAAUAUAACAUCCACAACAACAGCAUUGUUUGAUCAAUUUGAUCUGGGUGACCGUUUUCGUAAAUAUUUACAGUUAUCGGUUGAUUGUAUUGAAAUGAUUUAUUCUGAUCAUCUAGCCAUCACCGAUUCAUUAGAACAGUUUACACUAAAAUUAUUUCAUUUAUGUCUGAAUGGUAUUGCAUACAAUUUAGAAAAGAAAUCAUCAAUAACCACACCUCAUUCAUUAAUAGAUAAUAAUAUUAAUAGUGAAAAAUCAACAAAAAAACAUUGCUGGUCUACACUAAUGUUGCGUUGUCGAGAUAUAAUUAAACAACAGUGUAUAAAAUUAUUAAUAUUAACAUUAGAUCCGGAAAGGCAACGUGUCAAAUUUCGUUGUGAAAUAAUUAAAUAUCUUUUAAAUCAACCAAAUUCCAAACGUAUUUUAGAUUAUUUAUUUUUAAAUGAUUUAUCACUUUAUGAAAGAAUAUUAAUCUACUUCAAUCAAUUAUGUAAUUGGAAACAAGAAGAAGAGGUAGAUGAUGAACAAGAACUUGAAGAAGAUGCGUAUUGUCGUAAACGUGUUAAAUCACUUGAUUCUGGACAUUGGACAGCAUUCUCUUCUCAAAUAUCAACCGGUCUUUGGCCUCCUACGUUAACAAAAUCGAAUGUUGUAAAUGAAAAAUUCAGUACACCAUCAGCAACAAAAACUGAUCUAUCUCAAAUUCGUUCUAAAAAACCAAAUCGAAAAAAACGAAAAAUUAAUUACGAUAAAGAAGAGGACGAAAAUGAUGUAGAAAGUGAUUCAUGGUCAAUAUCAAGUCCAACAACAGAUCAGGAUACAGAAAUUCCAGAAAAACAUUCUUCAUUGUCUUUAUCAUCCUCAAUUUCAUCGGAAAUCGUUCAACAACAAUCUUCUGUAAUUACGACAGAUUCUCGAACAUUCAUUCAAUAUCAUCAAGAAUUAUUUGAUUUAUUUCGAGAUGCUAUGAGAUCAGUAACGAUACAAACAUUAACAACACAGCAAACAACAUUUGUGAAUCAUCUUCUUAACAAUCAAAUUAAAGAUAUAUAUUUACCAUCACAAACAACUAAGAAAAUCACGAGACUUAAAUCGUUUGCUCUACCCUCAUUCGAUGAACAAACGCCGUUACUUAUUCCACAGCGUGUAUCAUCUGCUACUGUCAGUUCUUCAUCAAUACCAGUUGUGACAAUUUCAUCAAUAUUAAAUGACAAACAUUUAAUCUAUUUACGUGAUUUUGACAACAAUUUAAAUAUAAUUCAUAAACGUUUUAAUUUUAAUAAUCAACGUUUCAAUAAACUUCAGCUAGACAAAACUCGUUUAUUCACAUCAAAAGCAAUGGAAAUUACACAAGAUGUCAUUAAUCUACAAAGUCAUGAACGAAAAAAAUUUAUUGAACAUAUUCGAUUAACACAAUCACUUGAAUUACGUAUAAAACAUUUAUGGCAUAAUCUAUGUGGUCAAUUGACACAUGAAUUAAGUAUAUGGUAUGAACCACAAUUGUAUCCACAAUUUUGGGAAUUAGAUCCAACAGAAUCACCAAAUCGUGAACGUCGACGAUUACAACGUGCCUAUUGUCUAAUGGAUAAAAAAUAUUUUCAAUCACAUAUUAAAGAAGAGAAAUUAAUGAAACCACCAUUAUGGUACCUAUUCGAUUCAUCAAUUGGUUCUAAUACUUCUUCGGGUCAUCAAUCAAUGGCUAUUCAAACCAUUUUAUAUCGUAAUGAAAAAAUUGAAUAUCAAUGUCGAUGUAUAAAUGUAACACCAUCAAAUGAAAUUAAAGGCGAAUUAUUAAUUGGUAUUCAACGAAUUUAUUUUGUUGCUGAUGAUCAAACAACAGGAAAUACAAAAUGUAGUUCAAUUCCCUAUCAGACAACAUAUUUUUAUAAUUAUUUUUCAGAUGAUUUUAAUUCAUUUUCAUUUUGUUUUGAUCAAAUACGAGAAAUAUAUAAACGACGAUAUAUGUUAAAAGAUAUUGCUUUAGAAUUAUUUUUAACAAAUGGUAUCACAUUGUUACUGGCACAAACAAAUCAACAAGAACGAGAACAUUUAUACAAAUUAUUAUUGAAGAAAAAUUUAGUAAAUUAUAUUCAUGGUGAAACAUUAACUGAUGUUCAAUUAUUAUGGCGUCAAGGUUUAAUGACAAAUUUUGAUUAUAUAAUGUCAUUAAAUAAAUUAGCUGGUCGAACAUUUAAUGAUUUGAUGCAGUAUCCUAUUUGUCCGUACAUUGUUUGCAGUUAUGAUAAAGAUAUUUUAGAUUUACAUUUAACACAAAAUUAUCGAGAUCUAGGAAAACCAAUUGCCAUACAACAUAAAGAAAAAGAAGAAAAAUUUAUUGAAAUGUAUAAAGCACUUAAAGAAGCACAUGAUUUAUCAUUAUUAAAUAGUGUUGAUACAUUAACAACUUUUUCACAACGUACAUUUGGUCCACAAUCUGAUCCUUAUCAUUUUGCAUCAUUAUAUUCUAAUAGUGGAAUUGUUCUACAUUAUCUAGUAAGAUUAUUACCAUAUACAAGAAUGUUUUUAGAUUAUCAAGAUCAAAAUUUUGAUUGUCCCGAUCGAACAUUUCACGAUAUUAAAACAUCGUGGUGGUUAUCAUCAUAUGAAUCAACGUCAGAUUUUAAAGAAUUAAUUCCAGAAUUUUAUUUUUUACACGAAUUUUUAUUUAAUAAACAAGAAUUUAAUUUUGGUGUAAAACAAAAUGGACAGAAAGUAAAUGAUGUAAAUGUACCAAUGUGGGCUAAAAAAGAUUCUAGAUUAUUUGUAAAUAUUUUACGACAAGCACUUGAAUCCGAUUAUGUUAUACAACAUUUACAUCAUUGGAUCGAUCUUGUAUUUGGUUUUAAACAAACAGCUGCAUUAGAUGCUAUAAAUGUGUUUCAUGCUGCAUGUUAUUACGGCUAUCCUGUUGAUACUGUGGGAGAUGAAUUAACGCGUAUAGCUCAUCAAAGUAUUAUUCGAACAUAUGGACAGGUACCAAAACAAUUGUUUCAUCAACAACAUCCAUCAUCAUUGACAACUUCACUUACAAAUUAUUCAAAUGGAACAAUAUCAGCCGUUCCAAAACGGAGUGAACGAGCAAUAUUUGAACAAACUCUUCCUCUUGACAGUAUUCAUCGACAUGUUCUUGGAGUAAAAUGGGGUGAUUUUGUUGGCUCAUAUGAUCAGCCAUCACCCGAAUACGUGUCAAAACAUGAAUGUCCAAUACAAGUGGUUCAAUUUAUUUGUUUAAACACUGGAAAUGAAAUUAUUUGUUUACCACCAUCAACCUCAUUGUUCUAUCAACAAAGUCAAGAAGCAAGAACACGUUCAGCACCAAC